AAAAAUAUUUUUCAACCGUGUGCUUUUUGCAAAUGCAAAAUAUAUUUGACAACAUUGCAAAAAAGGAUUCAUAAACAAAACUUUUCGCAAUUGUAAAAUGGGUCUCGCGGAGUGUGGUAUUCCCGAAGAUAAAUUACCUCAGUGCUGGUCUGAUGAUACGCGAAUGAACGCUCUGUUUGCGCCUUUUCGGUUAAAAUCUGCGAACCCAGAGUCAUGGGAGAUGAAAAUGAAAUUUUGGUCUGAUAUGGUGAGACAAUGGUGUAGGUUUAAAGUGGAUCCUGUAGUGUCAGGAGCAGAUGUGAAGUUCGCUUUCCAGAGAAGAGGAAGAACAGCUGCCUGUAUCGAAAUUGUUAUUGAAGAAAUGUUUCGAUCUGGAGAACUGUCACCUAUAUCAAAGUACCAGCAGAUUCUACACAAUGGUCCUGAAGGUUGGGUCCGGUGGGGCGCCCGCCUUGCUUUUAGACCAGCUGCAUUUGCGCUCACUGCGGUAACAUCUUUCCUACCGGCAAGAGAAGCCUUAGAUGCUAACGGCCUUCCAAAGGCCAGUAUAGAUUCAACUCAACGAUUCAUCUUAGAAAGUGCUGUGAAGGAACAAGCCAUGGAUCUCCUAAACAAUUUCCCCAUUGGCUUAGAACGUAUUGGAACAAUUGAAGAAUUAAUGAAGGCAUGUGGUCAAUCUAAUCGAGAAGUAUUCGAAAUUCUUCUCGGUUUUCUGGUGUCCCAAGGGAUGGCCGUGAAGAGUGGGGAUGUUGUGAAACUAGCUGAGGCGAAUAAGAAGGUAUCUCCCGUGACGGAGAUGGACGCGGCCGUUGUAAAGCUGAUGUCAGCGGAGACGCGACUUCAGGCCGACGCAACGCGACUGUCGCGCGAGGUUUCCGUCGCAGAGAGCGAGGCUCGGGCAGCUGUCAAGCUCGGCAACAAGUUAGCUGCCAGAAAUCAUCUACGUAGGAAAUUGAAAGCCCAACAGCGUCUCGAUAAAUGUGAAUCUGCAUUGGAUAACAUCAAAGAACUCCUCCAACAAACUAGGAAUACAGAUAUUAAUACGACUGUCGUUGAUACAUACAGGACCAGUGCCCAAGCUAUGAAAAAGACAAUGAAAGAUGAAGGCAUGGAUGAGGAUGCCGUCCAUGAUACGAUGGAUGAUCUUAAAGAGGUGAUGGAGAGUUACAAUGAGGUGGAGAAAGCAUUAAGUGGUAACAUAGACGACCUGGACACAGCUGAACUGGAACAAGAAUUGAAUGACUUGUUAUCCGGUUCCGGGAACACAGGGGGUACUCCGGGGAAGGAGGACAGGGAACGGGACGGGAGGAAUAUUCCUACCAAGCUACCAUCCCCACCGGCGGAUAAAUUACCGAGAGGUACCAAGAAGCGGUUAGAACGAGAGUUCGUCUUCGAUGGCGAGGAACAGAUGCUCGCUGAGCUGAACAGUCUGGGUCUCGAAGAAGCCAAUACCGGGAAGGUGGCGGUGGCGGUUGCUGAAGCUUCAGAACCGUCCCAAAAGUCUCCAAAACGGGAGACCAAGACAGAGAAGCCGUCUCAGGCGUGGUACCCUCCGUCGGAGGAGUGUCUGACAUCUGACGUGUGGGCGAAGAACGAUAAGGAGAACGACUCGGACGUCAACAUGGACAUCAACUUGGCGAACCUGGCCAAGGAGUAUGUGGAGUUACGCCAGGACGACAGGAUACACCCAGGUCAACCCCUCAAUGUAGACUUCACGACUCCCCCGCGGCACUACGGAGCGCAGUUCCAGGUUCAAGACCACACCGAGGGGGCUGGUGUGUGGCUCUAUAGCAGUAGAGACGAGUUUUCCGCCAGCACGGCAUACAGCAGUUCGGAGAGUCCUGGUAAAAGUGGUGGUAACUUCCAAAUGGCUCCCGGCGGUGAAAGGAAGAAGCCAGACCCGUGGCCCAAGGACGACUGCGUCGAGGACUUGGAGAGGCGAUUAAAAAAUUUAAGAGGUUUUAAUUUAUAGGCUAUUUUAUAAAUACAAUUAAACUAUUAACUUUAUUAUAGUUGUACUAUCCAGUGUAGUUUUUAGACAAAAAUGUACAGUUAGCCUGAAAAAUAAGUUAUUUUUAAAAUAUAUAUAUUAAAAGUCGAUGUUGAUUGGUUGCGUCCAUAGAUAUUGUCAGAAAUAUGUAUAAAUCGAUUCGUAGAUUGUCAAUUCGCAGCCAACGAUACAAUCUAAUAAUACUUAUGCUGAUAAUUACACUGGCUCAUUCACCUGACAAAUGGUAACGAAGCAGCUCGAAUUAUUGCCGUUUAGAGGUAAAGCCAUUCUAAGUAUGGAUUGUAAUUACCCCCCCCCCCCUCCAAAUGCCCUCAAUCACCUGGUAAUAUAUAAAUGUAUAUAAAUAAUUAAUGAAUAUUACGGCUUUACUUACGUUGUUUAUCCAAUUGUAUGUCCGAAUUUGAUCCUGUAUAUUUUUCUUUCAUGUCUUCCACUAAAAAAUAUUCGAAGCUGAUUGCUAUGCAGACGGUACAUAUUAAUUUAAGGCUAGCUGUACAUAUUUUUUUAAUGAUAAUUUAGAAGUAUAAUUUGCUGUCGUAUCCAUCCAUAUCCCAUCCUUUUUUUUGGUUUUACUAUUUUGAAAAACCACUAUGGCACGUGAUAGAAAUUUAAUUAGUUUUCGUUGGAAAUGAAUCACUCAAACGUUACAUAUUGAAACGUUGUGUUAUUAUCAUCGGCCGUUAAUGGGUUUUAUUUAAAAUAAAUGGUUUUUUUAUCAAAUAUAUCAAAAUGGCUGUAAAAUAGGAAGAUAAAUAUAAAUUUGUCGUGUAAAUAAUGUAAAUAAAUAGAUAGGUAACCGAAUUUUUAUAUAACUAAAAGAUAAAUAUGAAAAUGAUUCGAAAAUCUAAAAAAAAUCUAGUUUUUCUUAACACUUAGAUGAGAUAUAAUAAAAAUAUAUAAUAAGGAUGUAGGUAUGUAUGCACGUAUCGAAAUAGGCAAAGGCCUUGUUAUAUAAUGACGAUAAUUGAAAAAAAUAAAAUAAACAAGGGCGUGAAAGUAUUACGAUAAUUAUUCUUUUUGGUGAUUUAAAGCAUUUCCAAUAAUAGGAUAUCACCAGCGUGGGAUUAAAACCAAGUGGAGGUCUUCAAUAAUAAUUGAAGUUGAUAAAAUAUUUACUUGAGCUUUAUUAUGUAACAACAGACACGAGGGACAUAACGUUCCCAAGGCUGGUGGCGCGACAAUGCCAAUGCCUAAUUGUGGUGACCAUCAGGUAUUCAGGGCCCAUGUGUACGUCCUCCCUAUUUAUAAAAAUAAAAUACCAAUUUUGUACAUCAACUACUUUACCGUGCAACCGAACCAUGACAAUUGGUAUACAUGUACAUGGCAAGGCCUCUCCGUUUUGCUAGUAACAUAAUAUAAUAUAUAAUAAGUAGAAUAAUCCCCCCCCCCCCAUAAUAAAACUAAUUAAUUGCGUUUGGAAAUGUAACAAUGUGUUGUGUUCGUUUGAUUUAUAUAUUUUUUAUGUGACAUAAAAUUAACUUAUUAUGUUAAUAAUGAGGUUCUGUUGUUUGAUAAAAAAAAAAUACAUCUCACAGAUAAUAUUUUUAUAUAAACUGUGUUUAUUUUACACGUAAUUUAUCAUUAUGGAAUUAAAGAUUCUCUUUUUAAAAUUUAAUGAUUGAAGGUCACACUUAUAAACGUUGCUCAGCCACUGUUUUGUUACAGUUACAGUACAGUAACAGCCUGUGAUUGUCCCACUGCUGGGCUAAGGCCUCCUCUCCCUUUUUGAGGAGAAGGUUUCGAGCUUAUUCCACCACGCUGCUCCAAUGCGGGAUGGUGGAAUACACGUCGCAGAAUUUCGGUGAAAUUAGACACAUGCAGGUUUCCUCACGAUGUUUUCCUUCACCGUCAAGCACGAGAUGAAUUAUAAACAGAAAUUAAGCAAAUGAAAAUCGGUUAAGAUUCACGCGUUCUUACCACUGGGCCAUCUCGGCUUACACACUGAUUUAUCUCCCUCUGCCAUUAAUGUUUUGACAUUCAUUAGAAGAAGACAGAUAGUUGUUUAGCUACUCGUCGGCUUACACACUGAUUUAUCUCCCUCUGCCAUUAAUGUUUUGACAUUCGUUAGAAGAAGACAGACAGUUGUUUAGAUACUCAUCGGCUUACAUACUGAUUUAUAUCGCUCAUUCAUUAUUGUUAUGACAUUCGUAAGAAGAAGACUAAUUGUUUAGCUUAUCAUCCGCUAAAGUAAACGAUCCCGUUAAAUUUGUAAUUUUUUAUUUUUAUACGAAUUAAUUUCAUUAUAAUGUAUUGUUUUUUAUUUAUUUUAACGAUAUAUACUGACAAGAUUUAUCGAUAUUAUGCCAAUAAUAAUAAAAUGUGUUUAUACGUGAGUCUAGAUAGAUAAUAAUAGGUAUUUCAAUACAAGUCGGAGUCGCGAACUUAAUAUUAAUUAUAGUUAGGGAGCCAACGAGAUAAAUUUCAUUAUGAUUUGUUCUUCUUAUUCAAUGUUUAGGUUUUAAAAAUCAAAUCAGAGCUGUUUUCCUUUGUUUUUCUUCUCUAUUGUUAUUUUUUUUUUAUCGUCGAUUCUCUUGUGGUCCUGGCAUGUUGUGUGUGUUAGGAUUUGUCAGACCCGUACGUCCAACAGCUUGGAAGACUUAGUUGGUUCCAUCCUCGUCGUCAGAAGUGUUAUUGCUGUCAGUAACCAAGCGAGGUCUCAUUGAAAUUUGACGAGCCGGUUGUCGUGGCUGGUGGAUGCUUGCCUUUCACGCCGAAGGUUGUGGGUUCGAUUCCCACCCAGGACAGAUAUUUGUGUGCAUGUACAUGUCUGUUUGUCCUGAGUCUGGCUGUAAUUAUCUAUACAAGUAUGUAUUUACGAAAGAAAAAUAGUAUAUGUAUUAUAUCAGUUGUCUGGUUUCCAUAGUACAAGCUUUGUACAAGCUUAAUUUGGGAUCAGAUGGCCGUGUGUGAAAAAUGUCCCAGGAUAAUAUAUUAUAUUAAAAGCGAUAGUUUUUCCAUAUGUAUUCCAUAGUAUGACAGCAUUAUCAAUUAACAGUACUUCGAUUUGUUAUAAAUGGUGGGGGGUUAUGAUCUGAUUACCUCACGUCUUCAACGAGGGCUUAUUUAUAGAAUCGUUCUAGAAAUGUCAAUUAUGUUUUGAAAUACAUUGUGACCUUAAUUAAUUUGACCAAAGCAAUUCGUAUCGUUUUAAAAUUAAUUUCAUAUAGAUAUAAAUCAUAGCAAAUCAUAUACGGACAUUCCCAUCAGCUCCCUGACUAAUCUGAAAAAAAUAAUCAUACAUCAAUCGAGAUGGCCCAGUGGUUAGAACGUGUGAAUCUUAAUUAAAGAUCGCUAUUCAAGCACCACUGAGCUUUCACGAGUUUAAUUUUUAUAAUAAUACAUCUCGCGUUCAGCGAUGGCUGCAAGCUCGGAUCCCUUUGAAAUAUAAUAAUUUUUAUAAAUAUUUUUUGAAUUUAUAACUUAUGUAAUGGCGGCCAAUCUCAAGAAAGAUUAGCCAACUACGCAGGACAUAUUAUAGUGCACAAGUGUGUGCGCAAACACAGGUGCACUUUCUAUUCCUUAACUCUCAUAAUCCGAUGGGACGGCAAUCCGACACGUCCGGAAAGAGUUCACCAAUGGCUUUACGUGCUUUCCGAGGCACGGGAGUGUGCACACUUCCAACUUCCAGACUCCGGGCUGCUACUGAGAAUUUUCUGACAGAUAAACUCAAUAACUUUUUAUUGGUCCGACCUGGGAAUUGAACCCAGGACCUCCGGGUCUCCGGCCUUAUAUAUAGGUACUAGACUAACGAGGCAGUCGUUAAUAUAUAUAUUAAAUGAAAUAAAAUAAAAUAGUUUUAUAAUAAAUAGGUUAAGCGUUGUCACUCGUGACCUGUGAUCGGAUGGGUGGGCUUAUAAUAAAAACCUAAUUCGUAUAACUCUUGUAUAUAAACGUAUUUUAUUUCUAUAUUUGUUUUUUUUUUUUUUACAAAACUUGUAUGUAAAUAGUAUUUGUAAAUAUUAUAAAGAAUUAGUUUUUAUACGUUGUGCCAAUGGAAUAGUUAAUAUUGUUUGUCUUUUUAAUAUGUAUGAUAAAAAAUAGAUAUUAUAUGUACUUACAUACUCGUAUUAAAGGUUCUUAUAAGCACUUUUGAAUUGUUAUAUUUAAAAGUGAAGCUGCAACCGGUUCGAAAAGUAGAUUCUAUUAAGAAUCUCUAUCAUAAACUUCAACCGUUUUUAUUUUACAAUUAACAGAUUUAUCUUAAAUCAUAUUAUAAAUGCGAAAGUGAGUUUGUUUGUUUUUUUGUUUGUCACGCUUUCAAAUAUUAACUACUCAUGCCACAGGCGGAAUCUACUUAAGAAUAUUAUGCUUUUGAUGUGAUAUGAGGUACUGUGUGUAUUAAUAGGCACAUGGGACAUAACAUCUUAGUUCCCAAGGUUGGUGGUGAAUUGAGGAUGUAAGCGAUGGUUAACAUUUCUUACAAUGCUAAUGUCUAUGGGCGUUGGUGAUCACUUACCAUCAGGUGGCCCAUAUCCGCCUUUCUAUUGUAUAAAAAAAUGUAUAUGUAAGUACAUUUAAUAUAUAAAAGAACAAAAAAAAAUUAUAUAAAUGAGUGCCUUUUCCUAAUUGAUUGUUUUAACGCACAAAUUUAAAGCAAUUGUAUUUAAUCAUAUUAUAUAUGUAUAAUUAAUUAAUUAAUUUUAAUAUAUAAGUAAUUUGGUUUAAAAUUAUAUUAUAUUUCAUUAUGAAGAUAUAUAUAUAUAAAUAGGCAAUAACAUUACAGUGCCUUUUCUUUCUCUUUUUGUAACUAGCUUUGGUGUUGUCAAUAGAAAAAAAAAACUGCACAUAAAACUAAAAAAAAAAAAAAUUCGACCGUACAAAUAUAAGCAUAAGUAUAUAAAUUUUUAUAUAUGUUUACAUUUUUAUGGUCAGUUUUUUUAUGGUCAAUUAUUAUAUUCGAUUUUCAAAAUGUCAUUUUGUUUUACGAAUCGACAAUGAAUUCCACAGAUUAUUUAGAUUUGGACUUUGGACUAACGUCAUUUCGAUUCAAGUUCGAAGUUGUUUAUAUAUCUCUACAUCCACUAUGCUAUAUAUUAUAUAUGUUAUAUAGUAUAAUAUGAGUAAUGAUUGGCUUGUAGUUAGGCAAGGCAAGGUAAUUCGUUUAGACCGAGUUCCCGAUUGCACUCAAUGCUUUUUUAUAGCUAUUCUGUUAGAUGAAAUUUGAAUAUUAUCACAGAUUCGAAUAAAUGACAGUGUUAUGCGAUAUUGACUGUGAUCAUUGUAACAUUUAAAGGUAAUAAGAAUCAAAAUAGCGUAGCAACGUUAGUCGGUUAUAAUUGAACUCGGACAGGAUAGCUAUCAGCCCUGGAUGAAGGUCUCUAAGAGACUAAGCCUAACCGACAUUCAGCCGUAAAUACAUGCCUUGUUAUGUCUAAAGACUAGCUCCGCUUAAAAUAUAUCUGCGAAAGCAUUCGUUUCUAAUAUCUGACCGGCAAAGUUAGACUGCGCCUAUCGCUUUGUAUACAACGUUACAUUUAUUUAUCUAUAUAUAUAUAUAUAUAUAUAUAUGUAUUCAUAAUGAAAUAAUUUUAGUAUUGCCAUAAUUAGUCGUAGUUAAGUCACUUUCAUAUAUAUGUAUGUAAUAUCAAAAUAGAGUAUUUUUGAUAUUUUUUUUUUUAUAUAAAUAUAAAGUU